UUCAACGUAUCAAACACGCACUUCAUUUACGAAACCCAGGGUUCAAGUGAUAUCGUAUGGUAGAGGUCAUAUUAACAGGUAGGCCAAUGCCCCGUACGCUGCCAUAAAUCACGCAGGGAAAAUAACUGACAGUUCGGGGUUGGUUAUCGGACUGGACGUCGUUGAGUAAAAGUUCGGCAAACUAGCUAACACAGCUAGCGUUACAGCAAAUCCGCCAUGGCGGAUGUUACUGCACGUAGCUUGCAGUAUGAGUACAAAGCGAACUCAAACUUGGUGUUGCAAGCUGAUCGCUCUCUGAUUGACCGCACUCGUCGAGAUGAGCCUACCGGAGAAGUGCUGUCCCUGGUGGGAAAGCUGGAGGGGACCAAGAUGGGUGACAAGUCCCAGAGGACCAAACCUCAAAUGCUGGAAGAGAGACGUGCGAAGAGGAGAAAGCGAGAUGAAGACAGGCAUGACAUCAACAAAAUGAAGGGUUUUACCCUUCUAUCUGAAGGUAUUGAUGACAUGGUUGGCAUUGUGUACAAGCCUAAAACCAAAGAAACCAGAGAGACCUAUGAAGUGUUGCUCAGCUUCAUCCAGGCGGCCUUGGGAGAUCAGCCUCGUGAUAUUCUUUGUGGAGCGGCUGAUGAAGUACUAGCAGUGUUGAAGAAUGACAAGAUGAGGGAUAAGGAGAGACGACGUGAGGUAGAGCAGCUUCUUGGCCCUGCUGAUGACACGCGUUACCAUGUGCUGGUCAAUCUUGGCAAAAAGAUCUCUGAUUACGGGGGUGAUAAAGAGCUACAGAACAUGGAUGACAACAUUGAUGAAACAUAUGGUGUGAAUGUCCAGUUUGAGUCAGACGAGGAGGAGGGUGAUGAGGACCAAUUCGGGGAAGUAAGAGAUGAACACUCAGAUGAGGACAGUGAAGGAGAGGAGGCGGAUGUUGGUUGCACUCUUUCAGCAAAUCUUGGUGUCACAGGUGAUGUGAUGACAGCAAAGAAAAAAGACCUACAUCCACGUGACAUUGAUGCCUUUUGGCUUCAGCGUCAGCUCAGCCGUUUCUAUGAUGAUGCCAUUGUCUCCCAAAAGAAAGCAGAUGAGGUCUUAGAAAUCCUCAAGACUGCCAGUGAUGAUAGAGAAUGUGAGAACCAGUUGGUGUUAUUGCUGGGCUUUAACACGUUUGAUUUUAUCAAAAUCCUCCGUCAGCAUCGGCGCAUGAUCCAGUAUUGUACUAUGCUGGCAAGUGCCCAGAGUGAAGCAGAAAAGGAACGGAUCAUAGGAAAGAUGGAGUCUGACGCGGAGCUGUCAAAGAUUCUUUACCAGCUGCAGGAGACAGAGAAGGAGGAUAUUAUUCGGGAGGAGCGAUCUCGCAGGGAGAGAGUGAGGAAGUCUCGUGUAGACAAUGACUUGGAGUCAAUGGAUAUUGACCAUGGAGAGUCAAUGGCCCCUCGGCAGCUGUUAGACCUAGAGGACCUGACAUUCACCCAGGGCAGCCAUUUCAUGGCCAACAAGAGGUGCCAACUGCCAGACGGCUCCUUUCGCAAACAGCGCAAAGGCUACGAAGAGGUUCACGUGCCUGCCCUCAAACCUAAACCCUUUGCUGAUGAUGAGGUGCUUGUUGCUAUUGAGAAGCUUCCAAAGUAUGCACACGCUGGCUUUGAAGGAUUCAAAACCCUGAAUCGCAUCCAAAGCAAAUUGUUCAAGACAGCCAUGGAGACAGAUGAGAACUUGCUGGUUUGCGCCCCUACUGGAGCUGGUAAGACCAAUGUGGCCCUAAUGGCUAUGCUAAGAGAGAUUGGGAAGCACAUAAACCUGGAUGGAACCAUUAACAUAGAUGACUUCAAAAUCAUUUAUAUUGCACCAAUGCGCUCGCUGGUACAGGAGAUGGUGGGAAGCUUUAGUAAGCGCUUGGCGAGUUACGGCAUCACCGUUUCUGAGCUGACAGGAGACCACCAGCUCUGUAAAGAGGAGAUCAACGCUACCCAGAUUAUUGUCUGCACGCCAGAGAAAUGGGAUAUCAUCACACGUAAAGGCGGAGAGCGCACUUACACCCAGCUAGUGCGCCUUAUUAUCAUUGACGAAAUCCACCUGCUGCAUGAUGAUCGUGGACCUGUGUUGGAAUCCCUAGUGGCAAGGACCAUCCGUAACGUAGAGCUAACUCAAGAGGAUGUUCGUCUCUUGGGCCUCAGUGCCACACUGCCAAACUACGAAGAUGUGGCCACCUGCCUGCGUGUUGACCCGGCUAAGGGACUCUUUUACUUCGACAAUAGCUUCCGCCCAGUGCCCUUGGAGCAGACCUAUGUUGGCAUCACAGAAAAGAAGGCCAUCAAACGUUUCCAGAUCAUGAAUGAGAUUGUCUAUGAAAAGAUCAUGGAGCAUGCUGGGAAAAACCAGGUGCUGGUAUUUGUUCAUUCCCGGAAGGAGACGGGUAAGACAGCCAGGGCCAUCAGGGACAUGUGUCUGGAGAAAGACACUCUGGGGCUUUUCCUCAGGGAGGGUUCUGCAUCCACAGAGGUGUUGAGGACUGAGGCGGAGCAGUGCAAGAAUCUUGAGCUAAAGGAUUUGUUGCCCUAUGGCUUUGCCAUCCACCAUGCUGGUAUGACCAGAGUGGACCGUACCCUGGUGGAAGAUCUGUUUGCUGAUCGGCACAUCCAAGUUCUGGUGUCUACAGCCACUCUGGCCUGGGGUGUCAAUCUGCCAGCACACACUGUCAUCAUUAAAGGGACUCAGGUGUAUAGCCCAGAGAAAGGCAGGUGGACUGAAUUAGGGGCCUUGGACAUUCUACAGAUGCUUGGGCGAGCUGGCCGUCCUCAGUAUGACACCAAAGGGGAGGGCAUUCUCAUCACAUCCCAUGGUGAGCUGCAGUAUUACCUGUCUCUGCUUAACCAGCAACUGCCCAUAGAAAGCCAGAUGGUGAGCAAGCUGCCCGACAUGCUCAAUGCUGAGAUAGUACUUGGCAAUGUGCAAAACGUAAAGGAUGCAGUCAAUUGGCUUGGCUACACCUACCUGUAUGUGCGCAUGCUUCGCAACCCCACCCUGUAUGGUGUUUCCCAUGAUGACCGCAGCUCGGAUCCUCUGCUGGAGAGGCGCAGGAUGGACCUGGUACAUACAGCAGGCAACGUCCUGGACAAGAACAGUCUGGUCAAAUAUGACAAGAGGACUGGCUGCUUCCAGGUUACAGACCUUGGGCGUAUUGCCAGUCACUUCUACAUCACUCAUGACUCAAUUCAAACAUACAACCAGCUGCUGAAGCCCACGCUCAGCGAGAUCGAGCUCUUCCGUGUGUUCUCUCUCUCCUCAGAGUUUAGGAACAUCACUGUGAGAGAGGAGGAAAAGCUGGAGCUUCAGAAGCUACUGGAGAGGGUUCCUAUUCCAGUGAAGGAAAGCAUCGAGGAACCCAGUGCUAAGAUCAAUGUUCUGCUCCAGGCAUAUAUCUCUCAGCUCAAACUGGAGGGCUUUGCGCUGAUGGCUGACAUGGUGUAUGUUACACAGAGUGCUGGAAGACUGAUGCGGGCCAUAUUUGAGAUUGUGCUGAACAGGGGCUGGGCUCAACUUACAGACAAGACCAUGAAUCUCUGUAAAAUGAUCGACAAGAGGAUGUGGCAGUCCAUGUCUCCUCUGCGGCAGUUCAAAAAACUGCCAGAGGAAGUGAUAAAAAAGAUAGAAAAGAAAAACUUUCCUUUUGAACGCCUCUAUGACCUCAACCACAAUGAGAUUGGCGAGCUGAUCCGUAUGCCAAAAAUGGGGAAGACGAUCCACAAAUAUGUCCACCAGUUCCCGAAGCUGGACUUGGCUGUUCACUUGCAGCCUAUCACCCGCUCUACACUGAAAGUGGAGCUCACCAUCACUCCUGACUUCCAGUGGGAUGACAAGAUUCAUGGCUCAUCAGAGGCCUUCUGGAUACUGGUUGAGGAUGUGGACAGUGAGGUCAUCCUUCACCAUGAGUACUUCCUACUCAAAGCCAAGUACGCCCAGGAUGAACACCUGGUCACUUUUUUUGUCCCAGUUUUCGAGCCUCUGCCACCACAGUAUUUCAUCCGUGUAGCCUCAGACCGCUGGCUCUCCUGUGAGACCCAGCUUCCAGUGUCUUUCCGUCACCUGAUCCUACCAGAGAAGUACCCCCCGCCCACUGAGCUGCUCGACCUGCAGCCCCUGCCUGUAACAGCUCUCAGGAACUCUGCCUUUGAGACCCUCUACCAGAACAAGUUCCCCUUUUUCAAUCCCAUCCAGACACAAGUGUUUAAUGCAGUGUACAACAGUGAUGACAACGUGUUUGUGGGAGCUCCCACCGGGAGUGGGAAAACAAUUUGCGCAGAGUUUGCCAUCCUGAGGAUGCUGCUGCACAAUGCAGAGGGCCGCUGUGUCUAUAUCACCCCUAUGGAGGCCCUGGCUGAGCAGGUGUUUAUUGACUGGCACCAGAAGUUCCAGGAUAUCCUGAACAAGAAGGUGGUGCUGCUAACUGGAGAGACUAGCACAGAUCUGAAGCUGCUGGGGAAAGGGGACAUCAUCGUCAGCACCCCUGACAAAUGGGACAUCCUGUCUCGCCGCUGGAAACAGAGAAAGAACGUCCAGAACGUCAGCCUCUUCAUUGUGGAUGAGACGCACCUCAUUGGAGGAGAGAACGGACCUGUGCUGGAGGUCAUCUGCUCCAGGAUGAGGUACAUCUCCUCUCAGAUUGAACGCCCCAUCCGUAUCGUGGCCCUCAGCUCAUCUUUGUCCAAUGCCAAAGAUGUGGCCCACUGGCUGGGCUGCAGCACAACGGCCACCUUCAACUUCCACCCUAACGUCCGGCCAGUGCCUUUGGAGUUGCACAUCCAGGGCUUCAAUGUGAGUCAUACACAGACCCGCCUGCUGUCUAUGGCUAAGCCAGUAUAUCACGCCAUCAUGAAGCACUCUCCCUCCAAACCAGCCGUGGUGUUCGUCCCAUCUCGCAGACAGACCCGCCUCACAGCCAUCGACAUCCUUACCUUUUGUGCUGCUGAUGUGGUCCCUCAAAGGUUUUUGCAUUGCAACGAGAAGGACCUGACUCCAUUCCUGGACAAAAUAACUGAUGCAACCCUAAAGGAGACUCUUGCCAAUGGGGUGGGCUACCUGCACGAGGGCUUGUCCACAACUGAACGCAAAAUAGUGGAGCAGCUCUUCAACUCUGGUGCAGUCCAGGUGGUGGUGGCCUCCCGUUCACUCUGCUGGGGCACCAAUAUCUCUGCGCACCUUGUCAUUGUUAUGGACACCCAGUACUACAAUGGCAAAAUACAUGCAUAUGUGGACUAUCCUAUAUAUGAUGUUCUCCAGAUGGUAGGCAAGGCAAAUAGACCAAUGCUGGAUGACGAGGGACGUUGUGUCAUCAUGUGCCAGGGCUCCAAGAAGGAUUUCUUCAAGAAGUUCCUGUAUGAGCCUCUGCCGGUAGAGUCCCAUUUGGAUCACUGUCUCCACGACCACUUCAAUGCUGAGAUCGUCACCAAGACUGUGGAGAACAAACAGGAUGCUGUGGACUACCUGACCUGGACAUUCCUCUACCGUCGCAUGACCCAGAACCCCAACUACUACAAUCUGCAAGGCAUGUCCCAUCGUCACCUGUCGGACCACCUGUCCGAAUUGGUUGAGAACACGCUACAUGACUUGGAACAGUCCAAGUGCAUCAGCAUUGAGGAUGAGAUGGAUGUGGCACCGCUCAAUUUGGGCAUGAUUGCAGCCUACUACUACAUCAACUACACUACCAUUGAAUUGUUCAGCAUGUCUUUGAACGCCAAGACAAAGAUUCGUGGAUUGAUUGAGAUAAUCUCCAAUGCUGCGGAGUACAAGAACAUUCCCAUCAGACACCAUGAGGAUGCCCUACUUCGACAGCUGGCCCAAAAGGUGCCCCAUAAACUAAACAACCCCAAGUUCAACGAUCCUCACGUAAAGACUAACCUGCUGCUGCAGGCACAUCUGUCCAGAAUGCAGCUUAGUGCUGAGCUCCAGUCAGACACUGAGGAGAUCCUUAGCAAGGCAGUCCGUCUGAUCCAGGCCUGUGUUGACGUGCUGUCCAGCAAUGGCUGGCUGAGUCCUGCUUUGGCAGCUAUGGAGUUGGCCCAGAUGGUGACCCAGGCCAUGUGGUCUAAGGACUCUUAUCUGAAACAGCUGCCCUUCUUUACUUCUGAGCACAUCAAGCGCUGCACGGAUAAGGGUGUGGAGAGUAUCUUUGACAUCAUGGAGAUGGAGGAUGAAGAUCGGAGUGCCCUGCUGCAACUCUCGGAUGCCCAGAUGGCUGACGUGGCUCGCUUCUGUAACCGCUACCCCAAUAUCGAACUAUCUUAUGAGGUGGUGGAGAAGGACAACAUCAAGAGUGGUGGUCCAGUUCUGGUUCAGGUUCAGCUAGAAAGAGAGGAAGAGGUGACUGGGCCUGUUAUUGCACCUCUCUUCCCCCAAAAACGUGAGGAGGGCUGGUGGGUGGUGAUUGGAGACCCCAAGUCAAACAGCCUCAUCUCCAUCAAAAGGCUAACUCUUCAACAGAAAGCAAAGGUCAAGCUGGACUUUGUUGCACCAGUGAUGGGUGUACACAACUACACCCUGUACUUCAUGAGUGACGCCUACAUGGGCUGUGACCAGGAGUACAAGUUCAGUGUGGAUGUGAAAGAAGCUGACAGUGACAACGACAGUGAUUCAGACUGAUCAGAUCAUUGAAGCCUUCGAACAUGUUGCUCAAGUCAUAAGUUGGCUCAGAGUUUUUCUGUACAUAUUAAACUAAAUUCACUUGUUUUUAAGUAUGCCAGCGUCUUCCCUGCGUUUGUUACUAAAAAACAAGGGCACUUCUAUGAGUUGUCAGUCAAGUUGUCAUAUUUCCAAUUUCCACCAGUCCAGAAUCAUGUAUAGGAUCUGUUAGUUCACAUUAAGAUGUUUCAGUGGUACAUUGGAAAGUCUGCUUGUCAUUGUGAUACUGUUAUUAAAGCCCCAAACUGAGCUUUUUUUUAUUAUUAAUUAAUAUUCUUUAAAAAAAAAUAUUUGAAAUUGUUCCAAUCUUCAAACAAUUCCCUUAGGAGUUAUCACAAACUUCUCCAGCAUUCACACAGUGGUAACAACAGUAUAUUUCAAUCCAUGCAUUGAAUUUAGUCUUAUGAAAGGGGUAUUUUACGGAUUUUUUUUUUUUUUAGAUUAUUUUCCACCUUUGACAGUGAUGGGCGGCACGGUGGCGCAGUGGUUAGCGCAGUCGCCUCACAGCAAGAAAGUCCUAGGUUCGAGCCCCGGGGCAGUCCAACCUUGGGGGUCGUCCUGGGUUGUAUGGAGUUUGCAUGUUUUUCCUCCCACAGUCCAGAGACAUGUAGGUCAGGUGAAUCGGCCAUACUAAAUUGUCCCGAGGUGUGACUUUGUGUGUGUGUGGGCCCUGUGAUAGACUGGCGGCCUGUCCAGGGUGUCUCCCCGCCUGCCGCCCAAUGACUGCUGGGAUAGGCUCCAGCAUCCCCGCAGCCCUGAGCAGGAUAAAUGGGUUGGAUAAUGGAUGGAUUUGACAGUGAUAGUAGAAAGACAGGGGAGAGGGGAUGACAUGGAGCAAAGAGCCCGAGCCAGAUUCGAACCCAGGCUGCUGUUGUAAGGUCUCUCCUUAUGUGGUACGCGCUCUCCCAGGUGAGCCACCAGGGCGCCCCCUAUUUUACUGAUUCUGUGUUGUGAAGUUUAAUGAAAAAUUGUCAACCUUAUAUCCGUGGCUGUAAGACUUUCGUUAUUAAAUGUACUUGUUGGACUGGUCUAGAAUUUUAUAGAGCAGUUUGCCAUGGAUAUUUUUUCCAAUAAAGAAUCAAAAUUC